CGGCAACUAGCCAAGGCGGUCUGGCAAGCGAUUGGUUAACAAGACGUACUUCAAGAGCAAGCCAAGACGCCCUCCGUUUGACUCGACUUCUUCACAUCAACAAGAGCGUAAUACAGCAAGACGAAGAACAUGAAAGUGAGUUCUCCAACGAAAACGACCCCUGUUGGAGGCCCCCAGCUUUACCGUGAACAUGGACGCAUUCAUCUCCCGCAAAAAGCGGAAACUCUCCCCGCACUCCCACCUCGCCACCCAAUCCAGCACACCUGAUCACGAGUAUGAGAAGGCCGGAACACAUCAAGAAGCAAGUUCCAGCAUCGCUACCCCUGAAGAUGAAGAAACAGAAUCUACAGACUUCAAACUAGCUCUCCUCUCCUCUCUCCAUCCAGAUACAGAUCAACAGCUUCUUCUCGACGUUUUACUAGCUCAUGAGGGCUCGGUUGAAGAUGCCUCAGCAGCGCUAAGUGCCGAUAGCUCUUCUACGCCACACAGGCAAAAUGGAUCUUCAGAUCCAACCUCAAUAUCGAUAUCGGCUUUAGGAUCUGCAACUGCAGCAGCGACGGGCUAUCAAAGCUCGUUGUCAAAUUUCUUGUCUCGAUCCAAUUCCAAUUCCAACUCCGAACUCAACACAGACCCAGAAAAGCCAUUAAAAGCUAAACCUAAACUCCCAACCAAACACGGCAAGACGCUGCACCUCUAUUCGCCUUCAGAUGUAGAGGUUCAUACGCCAUGUUCGAUUAUUCAUAAUUUCUUGCCGGCGGACGAAGCGAAUGCGUUGUUGAAGGAGUUGCUGGGUGAGGCGGAGAGUUUUGAGAGGAGCAGUUUUAGGCUUUUUGAUAAUGUGGUGCAGAGUCCGCAUACUGCGUGCUUUUACAUGGAGAGUUUGGAGGAGAUUGAAACCCAGAAGACGGAGUAUAUAUACAAUGGGGGAAAGUUGGAUGAUAUCCGCCAACUAACUCCCAUGAUGAAGCUCAUCGCCCCCAAAGUCACCGCCGCCGUCAACAACUCCAUCGCCGCCCGCCAAAACACCCACUCCACCACUUCCAGCACUCUUGAACCCAACAAAACCUCCUCUCCACCACUUGAGCUCUGGAAACCUAACGCCGCCUUCGUAAACUGCUACAAUGGCCCUGCCGAGAGCGUCGGGUACCACAGCGACCAACUAACAUACCUCGGACCUCGCGCAGUGAUCGGCUCCAUCUCUCUCGGUGUCGCAAGAGAGUUCCGCGUUCGAAGAAUCGUACCAAGCGACGAGAAAGACUCUGACAAUACCAAAACGUCCUCCAACUCAACCCUCUCUUCAACAGACCCCACACCACGCCAUUCCGACAUCCAAGGCCAAAUAUCCAUCCACCUCCCCCACAACUCCCUCCUAAUUAUGCACGCAUCCAUGCAAGAAUUCUGGAAACAUUCUAUCGCGCCUUCGCAGUCCAUAAUCCCGCACCCAAUCUCAGGCAACAAACGCAUCAAUAUCACGUAUCGCGAUUACAAGGAGUAUUUACAUCCGAAAUAUACGCCACGGUGUAAGUGUGGAGUUCCGGCUGUGUUAAGGGUUGUGCAGCGGAAGAGGGAGAAUCUGGGGAGGUACUUUUGGAUGUGUUAUGCGAGGAACGCGCCUGUGCCGGCGCCGGAGAAGGGGAAGGAGGGAGGGUGUAAGUGGUUUGAGUGGGCGGUUUUUGAUGAGAGAGGGAGGCCAGUGUGGAAGAAUGGUGGUGGGAAAGAUGGGAAGUUUGGGAAGAGUGUUGCAGUUGCAAAUGACAAGUCAAAGGAUAGUGGCGAGGCGCACGGAAGUUGCGAAAGUGCUGAUGGCACUUGAGCUGGAUGUGAUUGUACAGCUAUGAAUUAGAAAUGCUCUCUUGAAUGGCCUCUUCAUGCCCUUCUUCAUCUCAAAUCCCUACUCAACUACCACUGAUUUGGCAC